CAAGAGCGGGCGGCAAUGUUGCCGGCAGGGCAGGGGGGGCAUCUAAUGUGACGGGACGGGGCUGAGCGGACACGGCAGUUAAGAAUGGCGGCGCUGUUUGCACGGAUCGUGUUUUACCCGAGUUUGGGCUACAACGUCUUUAUGUCCAAGAUGUUCGGUCGCCCCUGGUAUGAUCGGAUUGACCAGACCGUCAUCAUCGGGGCGCUUCCUUUCCGUUCACUCACCGACGAGUUAGUAAAAAAAGAGAAUGUGCGUGGGGUGAUAACCAUGAAUGAAGAUUAUGAAACCAAAUUCUUCGUAAACACAACAGAGGAAUGGAAGUCAGUUGGAGUUGAACAGUUAAGACUCAGCACAAUUGAUAUAUUUGGUGUCCCGAAAAUGGAAGACCUCAAAAAGGGCGUUGAUUUCAUUUCUAAAUAUCACCAAAAUGGAAGUUGUGUCUAUGUGCACUGCAAGGCUGGACGCUCCCGUAGUGCCACGAUGGUGGCAGCAUACUUAAUUCACCUGCAUCACUGGAAUCCAAAGAGGGCAUGUGAAUAUCUAGCAUCUAUCAGACCUCGCGUUAUUAUUCGCAGUGGACAAUUUAAGAUUCUGAGGAACUAUUAUCGUGAAAUAUUCUCAGAGGAUCCUGAUAUCUUGUAUGAAACAAGAAGUACUGCUUUCAAAUCGUAAAGCAUUCUGGUUCUGGCCAUUGAUACACUAAUUACUAAAAGUGAUUCCUAUUGAUAGAAAUCAACAAAAGAGAGUUACAGCUGGGUUCUGGUCAUCACCGGAUUUUAGUCAUGAAUUGAUCUUUGUUCACUCUUGUACAUAAUUGGAGAAGUUUUGUUCUGGGUGUACUGAUAAAACUAUCUGUCUAUUUUGAACUAUUUAUUUUGUUGAAAUGUUUGCUAUUUAUAGAUAGUGCUAAAUAAUUUAAAAUGUUAAAAGUUAAUUUCAGGGAAAAUACCAUGCUAGCUCUCUGAACACUGUAUAGUAACUGCUACAUUGCAGUGUUUCAAAAUCACUAUAAUCUUGUGCCAGUAAAAAUACAUUUUCCAUAUUGUUUGUUCAUGAAACCAAGUUGUUAUCUUCAGUCUUGAAAUAAACCAAAUAUUUUUGUUAUUUAUAUGAUUGUAAAUGUUAUAUGAAAGGGAUUAAUUCCAUAAUUUCAUGUACCCAAACAGAGCUGCUUAAAUUGCACUUUUGUUGAGAAUUUGGAACUGCAGAAUUAUUCUGACAAAUACAUUUUUUAUAAAAUAAAAAGGUUUGAUAUAUUAAUGUACAAAAUAACUGUUGUGAUACAAUGAUAAAUAAAUACAUUUACACUUAUCAGUUAUUUGUGUAUGGUAAAAUUAGAUGUUUCUUAAAUUGCAGGUAUGAGCAGGAAAUUUUGAUUUUUUUUUGUGGACAUUUAGAGUUCUUUGAAAGCAUUGGAUAUAUAUGUGAAUAUAACAUUCUAUAAUGUAUUUUCAAAUGGGAAGUGUUAUGCAAAAAAAGUGUUUUAAAGUGUUAUUAAAAAAAAAAUCCUUAUUCUAACAGUUAAAUAGCUUUGUAUAUGUGGAAUGUUUUUACACUAGAUAUCAAGUUGAGACCAUUUAAAAGCUUUUCCCGUGAGACUAUCUGACAAGGGAAUUUGAUCUCACCAGUUCGAACCAUCUUAUAUCAGUGAAAAAGAUAUAUGAAGGCAUUUGAGGCAUCUAAAAAACAUUGCACCUUUCAUCAGUCUUAACAAAUAUUUAAUUGGCACUUUGGAGUUACAAUUGACAUAUCUAGAGUAAUCCCAAACUAUUGUAAAUGUUCAUUCUUUUGCUUUUGAUGGAUGCCUGUUUGAUAAAAAUAUUUUCUGUGCCUGAUGGCUGGGAAUCAAUAUUAAAUAUAUACGCACUCCUGUGUUGUAGUAUUCCAA